CGAAACAUGAGGAUGCGGAAGUUGCUUUGGCAGGUUCCCUGGGCGUGUCGAUUUCUAAAUAAUAUAACUGAUGGCUCAUACAGAAUCUCUCCUGAGCGAAAAUUAGCCCUGGAUACGUCUGGACCACCAGUAACAACACAAUGGCAUCUCCAAGCCCUCUGUCCAAAGCCAACACCAGCUUCUCUCUGGCUCUGUUUAAGAAGCUAAGUGACAAUGACAACACAGCAAAUAUCUUCUACUCUCCGUUCAGCAUCUCUUCAGCUCUGGCCAUGGUGAUGCUGGGAGCCAGAGGCAACACAGCUGCACAGAUGUCAGAGGUCCUCUGCUUCAAUGAGGCUCAGAAGCCUCAGCCUGCAGCAGUGCAGCAGAUGAUGCAGAUGCAGAUGCAACAGCAGGUCCAGUCCACCCUGCCGCAGUCCCUGCUGAAGUGUCUGGAAACCAAGGAGUGUCAGGAUGAAGUCCACACCAGCUUUGCCCAGCUGCUGAGAGAGCUGAAUAAGCCAGAUGCUUCGUAUGCCCUCAGUUUGGCCAACAGGCUGUAUGGCGAGCAGAGCUACCAGUUUGUGGAGGAGUUCUUAGGGGGCACAAAGAAGCACUAUGAGGCAGAGCUGGAGUCUGUAGACUUUAUCAGUGGUUUUGAGGCUGCAAGAGUCAACAUCAACAGCUGGGUGGAGAACAAGACACAAGGUAAAAUCAAAGAUGUUCUCGCUCAGGGUGUGGUGGACAGCCUGACCAGACUGGUGCUGGUCAAUGCUAUCUACUUCAAGGGAAACUGGAACAAACAGUUUAAGGAGAACCAAACACGGGACACUCCAUUCAGACUCAACAAGAAUGAAACUAAGCCAGUGAAAAUGAUGAACCAGAAAACUAAGUUUCCUUUGACCUACAUCCCUGAAGCCAACUGCCAGAUCCUGGAGAUGCCUUACAAAGGAAAGGAGCUGAGCAUGCUCAUCUUUCUGCCCAAUGAAAUGGAAGACGGGACAACGGGUUUGGAGAAGCUGGAGAGUCAGCUGACCUAUGAGAACUUUGUGGAGUGGACUCGUCCUGACAUGAUGAAUGAGAUUGAGGUGAUGGUUGGGCUGCCUCGGUUCAAGAUGGAGGAGAAGUACGACCUGAAGGGCGUCCUGAUGAGCAUGGGGAUGGUGGAUGCCUUCAACAUGGGGAUGAGCAACUUCUCUGGUAUGUCUCCUGCCAAUGACCUGGUCCUGUCAAAGGUGGUCCACAAGGCUUUUGUGGAGGUGAAUGAGGAGGGGACAGAGGCGGCUGCAGCCACGGCGGCUGUCAUGAUGCUGCGCUGCGCCAUGCGUCCUGCCACCUUCAUCGCAGACCACCCUUUCCUCUUCUUCAUCAGACACAACCCUUCCAAGAGCAUCCUCUUCGCAGGGCGAUACUGCUCCCCUCAGUGAGCGCUUCAUUGCUCUAGCUGCUUUUUUCUACAAAUUCUUCUGCGACUGCAACACUUAAUUCUGUGUAACAGGAAUAAUUUUAAGAGAAAAUCACAUCAGAGCCAAUUCUAUCCUGAGCUCCCAACCUAUUUUUCCAUCACUAUGAUUAUGAGUUAAAACUAUGGUGCUAGAGUUUUUAAUGUCUGCAUCACUUGUGCCUUCCUGAACAUCACUGCACUUUUUUUUUAUCUUUUGCACCUGACCUCCUCUAAAGGUUUGCUUUUUUGUCUGUAAUACAUAUUUGGCACUUUAAGCUGCAACCUCAGUCCCUGGGCUAUGCUUUUUUUUGCCCUAAAAACACUCUUUUUGUUUCUUCUACUCCUUAAAAGAAUUAAUCUUCCUCAAAAUAUCUGUAAUGCAAUAAAGUAAGGAUGUGCUGCUAAAUAAAAUAAGGAAAUUAUGCAUUUGAUCACCAAGUUUUAAGGCUUGCAAAGUUUUGCAUUUUUUCUACACAACAGCAAAGUCAGAGUUCUUUUUUUUGAAUUAACCAAAGAGGAAAUGGGGUGUCAAACAAGCAAAGAGCACUAUUAUGUCAGUGUGUUGUUAGGCCUUUAAAUGAAUGUAGACUAAUAGGAACAUGGGCUUAUGUAGAGAAUUAAUCUGACAAGAGUCAGUGUCCAUUUUUAUGCUUUUACACAUGAAUAAAAUGUGUGGUUUAAACUUA